AGUAGAUUCCAUUGUUUCAGAAAAGCUUUAACCUAAUUUCACUUCGUCUCUCUCUCGCGCUCCCAAUUUCUCCGCCGGCGGGAAAACCAUGUCGCACUUCGGAAGGUCAGGUCCACCGGAUAUCAGCGACACCUACUCACUUCUCGUCCUUAACAUCACCUUCCGUACGACUGCUGAUGAUCUCUAUCCUCUAUUCGCAAAGUAUGGAAAGGUCGUUGAUGUGUUUAUUCCCAGAGAUCGAAGGACUGGUGAUUCGCGUGGUUUUGCGUUUGUUCGGUAUAAGUAUAAAGACGAAGCUCACAAAGCAGUGGAAAGGCUUGAUGGAAGAGUUGUUGAUGGCAGAGAAAUAACUGUUCAGUUUGCGAAAUAUGGGCCAAAUGCUGAAAAAAUUUCCAAAGGAAGAGUUGUGGAACCACCGCCGAAGUCACGAAGAUCUAGAAGCCGUAGUCCUAGGCGGAGUCGUAGUCCUAGGAGGAGCCGUAGCCCGCCUAGACGUCGUAGUCCCAGAAGAAGCCGCAGUCCUCGUAGGAGGUCCCGAGAUGACUAUAGGGAAAAAGACUACCGGAAGCGGAGCAGGAGCAGAAGCUAUGACAGGCGUGAAAGGCAUGAGGAGAAGGAUAGAGAUCAUCGUCGUCGCACUAGGUCUCGUAGUGCCAGCCCAGAUGAAAAACGCAGAGUCAGAGGCCGUUAUGAUAAUGAGAGCCGCAGUCACAGUCGUUCCUUGAGUGCAUCUCCUGCUCGCCGCAGCCCUAGAAGUUCCUCCCCACAGAAAACCUCUCCUGCUAGAGAAGUUUCUCCUGAUAAGCGUAGCAAUGAGAGGUCUCCAUCUCCUCGUCGCAGCCUCAGCCCAAGAAGCCCUGCUUUGCAAAAGGCCUCUCCUUCUAAGGAGAUGUCUCCUGAAAGGCGUAGCAAUGAGAGGUCCCCAUCUCCUGGUAGCCCUGCUCCUCUGCGCAAAGUUGAUGCUGCUUCUCGAAGUCAAUCUCCUUAUGCUGCGGAAUGACUGCAGCCACUUGUGAAAGUGAUACGGUGUAUGAUGAAAAACACGUUUGCUUGUACUGAUGAUGUUUCAUCAUUAAGCACUGGAACGUCUACCCUCUGUAGUAUUACUUGCUUUCCGUAGGUGCCCUCAAACUACUGAGUACUGACUGUAUCUUUGUUUCCUGUUAUCGUUCUGGUUUAGUGUUCAUGUGCAAGAAUUAUUACUGUUUGAACAGCCUUUUUAGUCUCUGUUUUAUUUGAAUCUUCUCUGGUUUGGAAUUCAUAGCAUUCUAACUCCAUUCCCCUGGCUUGUCUUGGAUUUUUCUAGUCUGGUUCGAGAAAAGAAUUGACUGGGAAGAUGGCACAACCAUGUUGAGAUUGUAGCUGUUGAUGGCUGUUUAUGAAACUGUAGAUGAUCGAUGCUGUUUAUGAAACCGUAGAUGAUCGAUGCUGGUCACAGCUAUCUGCUUUAACUAGUAUCAUCCUUGUGUCGCUAAUGCUUAGAAGGGCUGGUUCGUUGAGUUUUCAAUCUUAAGUUGAGAAAUCAAAGUUCAGUUGAGUUUCACUUAUCUCUUGUCUAUCUUCUGUUUAAGAUUCUUAUCAAAAGUACCUAAUGCAAAGAUAAAUUACC